AUGGUGCUGGAAGGAAACCCUGACGUGGGAUCCCCUCGGACCUCGGACCUCCAGCACCCAGGGAGCAAGGGCUCUUGCAUCCUCUCUUCUCCUGGUGAAGAAGCACUGCCAGGCGAGGAACCCAUCAAGUAUGGUGAACUCAUCGUCCUGGGCUACAAUGGAUGUCUGGCAAGUGGGGACAAGGGCCGCCGCCGAAGCCGCCUGGCACUGAGCCGCCGGCCCCAUGCCAACGGAGUGAAGCCAGACGUUAUGCACCACAUCUCCACACCACUCGUCUCCAAGGCCCUGAGUAACCGAGGCCAGCAUAGCAUCUCGUACACACUGUCCCGGAGCCACUCAGUCAUAGUGGAGUACACACAUGACAGCGACACAGACAUGUUCCAGAUUGGCCGCUCUACUGAAAACAUGAUUGACUUCGUGGUAACAGACACAUCUCCUGGUGGAGGAGCCACAGAGGGCCCUUCUGCUCAAAGUACCAUUUCCCGCUAUGCCUGCCGCAUCCUCUGUGACCGUCGGCCACCCUAUACUGCCCGCAUCUAUGCUGCUGGCUUCGAUGCCUCUAGCAACAUUUUUCUUGGAGAGCGGGCAGCCAAAUGGAGGACUCCUGAUGGUCUGAUGGAUGGCCUGACAACCAACGGGGUCCUGGUGAUGCACCCAGCAGGUGGCUUCUCUGAGGACUCUGCCCCAGGUGUCUGGAGGGAGAUUUCCGUCUGCGGGAAUGUGUAUACAUUGCGGGAUAGCCGCUCAGCCCAGCAGCGGGGGAAGCUGGUGGAAAACGAAUCCAACGUCCUGCAAGAUGGUUCGCUCAUCGACCUCUGUGGGGCCACGCUGCUGUGGCGCACUCCAGCAGGGUUGCUGAGGGCACCCACACUGAAACAACUGGAGGCCCAGCGACAGGAGGCCAACGCAGCACGGCCCCAGUGUCCUGUGGGCCUCAGCACCUUGGCCUUCCCCAGUCCAGCCCGUGGCCGCACAGCACCUGACAAGCAACAGCCCUGGGUCUACGUCCGUUGUGGUCAUGUCCAUGGCUACCAUGGCUGGGGCUGCCGGAGGGAGCGAGGCCCUCAGGAGCGCGAGUGUCCUCUUUGCCGCCUUGUGGGACCCUAUGUGCCCCUGUGGCUGGGCCAGGAGGCCGGUCUCUGCCUGGACCCUGGGCCACCCAGCCACGCUUUUGCACCCUGUGGCCAUGUCUGUUCUGAGAAGACUGCCCGCUAUUGGGCCCAGACACCACUGCCGCAUGGCACCCACGCUUUCCAUGCAGCCUGCCCCUUUUGUGGGGCUUGGCUCACUGGUGAGCAUGGCUGUGUCCGCCUAAUUUUCCAGGGACCACUGGAUUAG